AUGUCUGGAAAGCUUGAUAAGGCUCUUGAUGAGAUUGUCAGCUCUCGCCGUCAGGCGCGUCGCAACAGCCAGCGUCGCCCUGCCGCAAAAGCUGCAAAGGCCGCUCCCGUCGGAGGAGUCAGAAAAUCUACUAGACAACCCAAGCCAACCUCCAAAGCCACACCUACUGCCCCUGCUGCAGGAUCGGGAGACGGAAAAAUCAUCGUGAGCGGCUUGCCCUCCGAUGUUAAUGAAGCAAAUAUCAAGGAAUACUUCCACAAGUCAGCGGGACCUGUCAAGAAGGUCAUGCUGACCUACAAUCAGAACGGCACCAGCCGUGGUAUCGCUUCUAUCAUAUUCAGCCGCCCUGAAACUGCUAUCAAAGCUGCUAAGGAGCUGAAUGGACUCCUAAUCGACAAACGCCCGAUUAAAAUUGAGGUUGUUGUUGAUGCAUCCCGUGCGCCUCCGGUUCCUACACCCAAGCCACUGACCGAGCGUGUUGCUCAACCAAAGUCUCAGCCCAAGCCCGCUUCUGCUGCGAAAGCUGGACGAAAGAGAGAUGCUAGGGGUCGAACCCAACGGGGCCGCAACGCGGGUCGCCCAAAGUCCAAGACCCUUGAAGAGCUUGAUGCUGAAAUGGUAAACUACUUCGCCGAAGCUCCUGCCAGCACUAACGCUCCCGCUCCUGCAGCCAACGGUGCUGCUCCCCAGCCCGCUGGUAAUGGCGAAGAUCUCGGAAUGGUUGAUGAGAUUUCCUACUUUAAGUACUAUCCCAACGCUAACGUUGUGUUGCAGUAA